UUAUUAUAUUAUUCUGUGACCAUUGUUUUUCAUGAUCCCAGAAAAUUUAGAACCAAAAAACAAUGUGUCCACGUAGGAAGAUUGAAAGAAAAAUAACAACAACAAAAAUGCAACAAAGAGAUCCAACAUUGAAUUCUUGUGUUGUUGAUGCUGUUCUUACUUCUCGCCGAUGUUGUUUUUCCAAUUGAACCUUAAUACGUGCUGCGGAGUUUGGUUCAUUUGGCUUAUUGGUUAGAAUUGCUUAUUACUGUUGUCAUAGUUACUUUUGGCUUUUGUAAAUAAUCCAAGAAUCGUCAAAACCUAGAUUGGUUUUGUGUUGAGUUGCUGAAAGGUUUGGAAGUGAAACUGUGUACAGGAUUUGUUGCUUCUGUUAGUAUAUCUUCGCUGUUAUGGUCUUAGUGAAGUUGCUAUUGGAUGUUCAGCAUCUUGAUGUUGAAUUCAAAACCUUGGUGUCAAUAGGGACGAUAGAUUCGCCAUGAACCUUUGGAAAAAAGAAUUAGCAUCUUGAUUGAGUUGCCGAGAAAUUGUGAUUAUGGCCCUAAACAAGACAGGAAACUUGUUAGGCACAAACUCUGGAAACAAGCAUGGCUUGUUUCCUCAAUACAACGAACAAGAAUCGCAUAGUGGUGUUACAAAUGUACAUAAUAAUAGUAAUAAGAAAGAUAUCCCUAAAGAGGUUGGAAGAGUUUUUGCUUUGCCUGAUGUAUCUCAAGAUCGUGAGAAUAGGUUUGGAUUGAAUAGGGAGAAUGGGCAUGUGAGGUAUGAAGAUCUAACCAAUAUUUUGGGGUUGAAGAGAAUGGACUCGGAGAGUUUUUCUGAUAUAGGUGACUUUAUCGCUAAAAAACAGCCACCUGCGCAAGAGAUGAAAAACGGAAUUUCUGCCUACAUUUUAAGCAAAGGUCAAAAGGGAGACAACAACAAUGGUGACCAUGGUGCGUUGAGGAAGACGUUCAGUGAAUCGAUUAGUGAGCAAAUCGAUACUAGGCUGGCUGUGUUAUCGCCUGUUUACGUACAUAAAAGAUCUCACUCAAACGGUUUUUCCAGUUCUGGAAUUUUAGAAGAUUCUUUGUCUGGUGGGAAAAUGAAAUUUCUUUGCAGCUUUGGUGGAAAAAUAUUACCAAGGCCGGGUGAUGGUAAACUCAGAUACGUUGGUGGAGAAACCCACAUUAUAUCUAUCCAAAAGGAUAUUUCGUGGGAAGAGCUUAUGAACAAGACUUUACGUAUUUGUAGUCAUCCUCACACAAUCAAAUACCAACUUCCAGGGGAAGAUCUUGAUGCUCUAAUAUCGGUUUCCUCCGAUGAGGAUCUUCAAAAUAUGAUAGAGGAAUAUUAUGAACUUGAAAGUCACGAAGGUUCUCAGAAACUUCGAAUUUUUUUAGUUCCUUUGGGUGAAUCUGAAGAGACAUCACCAACCGAUGCAAACACUGUUCUCCAGAAUGACCCUGAUUACCAAUACGUUGUUGCUUUAAACGGCAUAGUAGACCAUAGUCCUAAGAAAAACAUCGGUGGACAAAGUUUAACAACCGAAGCAUAUCAUUCAACGACUAGUUUCAGUUUUGCCCCAACAAUUGCCUCUUCUCCUAAGGAGAUCAGGGAUGGUAAUAAUAGUAUGAGUGCUUUAAAUCCAGAUAGAAUUUUGAAUGAUCCCGUAAAUCUUCAAAGUCCGUUGCGAAUUUCUCCUACUCCGGUUCAAGUUGCAAGUUCUAGUACAGGUUAUAUACAAUUGCUUGGCAGCAACUCAUGCCAGGGAAGUAUUGACAGCAAUGCAUCGUUUGUUACAGCUCAGAUGAAUUCUGGAAACUCGAGCAUCAACACUGCUGAUUGCCGAUACCCUCAACAAGCUUCUGUUCCUCGUCAACAUGGUGACAUUGGUCCGCCCAAAAAUCUCAACGGACAGUAUUUUGAUAACCGCAAUCCAAAUAAUUGUUACAGCGAUGAAGUUUUUGGUGGAACCUUGCAUAACGAUAGAAUAUUCUUCUCUAGAAAUCCAAUCUCUCAACAGACCGAAUCUUAUGGAACUAAGAACGAGCUGCCUCAUGGGAUGCCUCAUGCUUUUUCUGAUUCACAGUUGUAUCCGAGUGGAGCAAAGUCUAUUUACUGCUCACAAGAAGGAAUUUCCCCGUCUUUCUCCUUGAACCUUGAAAAGGCCGAACUGUCUUUGACGGUAGGUGUCUCACAUGUGAACCUUAUAGAGGGUCAACAUGAUCCCUUCCUCCACCAUCCUCAAAUACAAAGUAAGAUACCAAAUAAGGAGUCAGCUGAGAUGCAUAGACGGCAAGGUGUGGCAUCUUCAUCUCCGUACUCGGAAUCAGUUGGAACAAAUGAUCGCAUUAAUAAGGAUAGCAUUUUAACUGAAAAAAAGUACCUUGUUGCUCAAACUGACUUAAGUGGAUCCAACUUUGUAGAAAAGGACGUGCUGGAAAAUCCUUUGAAAUCAGAAAGGAUGAUGAUAAAUGAAGAAAAGAAUCCAAUUUCUAAGGAUAACAACGUUUACGAGGGAAAUCCAACUGUCAACUACAUGAGUGAAUUGCAUCUUUUGGAUACAUUCCCGACUAAUAACAUAAGUGCUAAUAUUGGUAUGCAAUAUAAUUGGGAUCAACCUCGUGAGAACACGCUUCCUUCUUCAUCAGGCACAACGGGACUCUCGCUAAAUAACCUUGUAGACAAGACCCCGUCUGAUCUUCUUGACAUUGGCCAAAACACAAGUUAUAGCAGAAACAUCAAUUUUCCAGCCAGAAAUAUCAAUUUAAAUUCUCCAAUCUCAGAAUAUGCAGAAAACUCCCGUGACAAAAGUUCUGUCAGAGAUGAUAUGUUCAAUUUCUCCUUUGAUCCACAUUCUCUUAAAUCUGCACAAAUUCAGCCUUCUCAAAAUCAGAUCGCUACAGGUUUUCAUGAUAAUCCAACAAUAAACUCUGAAAGUUCGAAUCCAGCUGUACUUCAUGAUGAUGUCUGUCCAAGUUUGAUCUUGCCGGUUGAUAGCCUGGAUAGUUCAAGAAAUAAUGUUUCUUUCAAAAAGCCACCUUCUUUUCUCAAUGACUUCAUUACAAACACCGAUCAAAUGGUUGAUCAGUUUAAACACGAAUAUUCUGCCUCUGGAUUGUCAAAAGUUGAAGGUGAAAUUUUAGGUCGAUUGAAGAAUUCAGAAAGGUCUAAUGAUUCUAAACUAGUGGAGUCAUUUGCUGUAGCAGAAGAUGCGACCGGUGUUGUUCCUUCAAAUCGCAAGUCUUCACCAGUACACCCCCCACAUAAUUUCGAUGAAGUUGGAAGUGACGUAUCUCCAUCUCAAACGGAAGUAGAGAGCACCAUCCCAGAGUCUGAUCCUGAGGAUUAUAAAGACGAUCAAACCGACAUGAAUGACUUCCUUUCUGAUGCAAUGAUAGCGGAAAUGGAGGCCAGCAUAUAUGGUUUGCAGAUAAUUAGGAACACUGAUCUUGAAGAGCUUAUGGAGUUAGGAUCUGGUACCUAUGGAACUGUUUAUCAUGGAAAAUGGCGAGGAACAGAUGUCGCAAUCAAGAGAAUUAAAAAGAGCUGUUUUGGAGGGAGAUCUUCUGAGCAAGAACGGUUGGCAAAAGAUUUCUGGAGAGAGGCACAGAUCCUGUCAAAUCUUCAUCAUCCCAAUGUGCUCGCAUUUUAUGGAAUCGUACCCGACGGAGCUUGCGGGACCUUAGCAACUGUAACCGAAUAUAUGGUUAAUGGUUCCCUUAGACAUGUUCUUGUCAAGAACAACAGAUUACUAGAUCGUCGUAAAAAGCUUAUAAUUGCCAUGGAUGCAGCUUUUGGUAUGGAAUAUUUGCACUCAAAGAAUAUUGUCCAUUUUGAUUUGAAGUGUGACAAUUUGCUUGUUAAUCUAAGGGAUCCACAGCGGCCCAUAUGCAAGGUUGGAGAUUUUGGAUUAUCAAGAAUUAAACGAAAUACCCUUGUAUCUGGGGGUGUGCGAGGAACCCUUCCAUGGAUGGCACCAGAGCUGUUGAAUGGUAAUAGCAGCCGGGUUUCUGAAAAGGUUGACGUUUUCUCAUUCGGCAUCUCAAUGUGGGAGUUAUUGACAGGAGAGGAACCUUAUGCAGAUAUGCAUUGUGGUGCCAUUAUUGGGGGCAUUGUAAAGAACACACUUCGACCACCGAUUCCAGAACGAUGUGAUCCUGAAUGGAGAAAGCUUAUGGAAGAGUGUUGGUCACGUGACCCCGAAUAUCGUCCAUCGUUCACCGAGAUAACAAGCAGGUUAAGAUCUAUGUCUAUGGCCCUUCAAGGAAAAGGGGAUUAUCAGGCAUGGCAAUUGAGACCUAGUAAUGUUCCAUAGUUAUGUUUGACUGUGUAUAUAGUAUACUGUGGUUAAGAAAGCAUUCAAGACCAGGAUUAGCUUGCUUUGAGGGUUACCACAACAUUUACCUUUUUUUUUUGUAUUAGCUAUUAUAUCUUCAUUUGUUUAUUCUUUUUCUUGUAAAAGCUUGAGGUUGAGAUCAUUUGGUACAUAGUUGUUUAGAUAUAUCAAUUUUGUAUUUGGUGCAUCAUCCAACAUUUUGAAAGAAGAUAUCUAUACAAAGAAAAGGUGUAUUUAGUAUAUGUUUGUAUACAAACAACAAUGCUUUGUAAAAUAUGUUUGUUUAGCUUAA